UUUGCCUUGCUCAUCCUCCGCUGGGGCAGCAUCUCCCGGGUGUAGCUACGUAGCCAGCGCUCCCCCUCCGCAGCGCCUUCCUCGGCCAGGGGAUCUAGGGGUCCUUCCUCCAGCCCCCCCAGUUCUGCAGCAGCCGCCCCCCCUCCCCACACCAUGGCUAGCGAGAAAGAGAAGAAAACCUGCGGGCAAGUCAUGGCGGAGUGGCGAGAAGCCAUCUGGAAUCCGCGCACCCACCAAUUUAUGGGGCGCACCGGCAGCAGUUGGGCCUUGAUCCUGUUCUUCUACCUGGUGUUCUAUGGUUUCCUCACGGCACUUUUCACGCUCACCAUGUGGGUCAUGCUGCAGACGGUCGACCCCUACAUCCCCAAGUACCAGGACCGCCUCUCCGUGCCCGGGAUGAUGAUCCGCCCCAAGACAGACACCCUGGACGUGACUUUUAACGUCAGCACCAUGGAGACCUGGGACCCUUACGUUAAGAUGCUGAAUGACUUCCUGGAGUCCUACAAUGACUCCAUCCAGGCAGCCACCAACGACGCGUGCCGCCCGGGCCGCUACAACGAGCAGCCGGACAACGGGGUGCUGAAUUACCCCAAGCGGGCCUGCCAGUUCAACCGCACGGUGCUGGGCAACUGUUCCGGCCUCAACGACCCCACCCACUACGGCUACGCCGAUGGCCAGCCUUGCAUCCUCAUCAAGAUGAACCGGGUCAUCAACUUCUUUGCAGGGGCCAACCAGACCAUGAACGUCACCUGUGCCGCGAAGGUGAGACACCCCCCCACACACCCCACUCUGUUGCCCCCCCCUUCCAUCACCCCCUCACCCUUUUUCUCUUCAUUAACUCACCUUCCUUGUCUCUCUCCGGAUCUUCCCGCCCACAGAGGCCCAUUUCCAAACUCCAGGCGGUAA